AGAUGGAAUUACACAACAGCCAUGCCACCUGGGUUGAAACUAGAGUGGUUUAUUCCUUUAAAAAAAAAAAGUUUUCUGUUGUGGAGGAAUCUUUGAUAAUUUCCAGGAAGCUUGAGGUUCACUUCAAAGUCAUUAAGCUGCUGGGGAGGAAAGGCAAGGCAAACUGUCUGCACUAGGCAUGCUCCGCAGUGACUGCUUCAUGCAAGGCUGGGCUCUCUCACAAUACUCCCAAACGCAGAGAACAGAGGGAAGCAUGGGGGAGCCACUUGAGCCUGUGGGCUUGAGGAAUGCUGGGGGAAGCUUACUCACUAGGUCCAGCUACAAAGGAAAGGUGAUGGAUUCUGCUGGAGAGAGCUUUCUCGUGGCACAGCAGUGAGUGAAACCAGCACAACAUGUUCAGUGUGGAGGACCUCCUGAUUUCUCAUGGAUACAAAUUGUCCAAAGAUCCCUCUGCUUCAUACGAGAACAGAAAUGAUGGAUACCAGCCUGAGAUUACAGAGAAUAGAACUAGUCGGGGAACGCUGAAUGGGUUUGAGACAGACUCUGGAGCCUACAUUUACAACAAGAAACCACUGGCAAAAGGCAACUUGAGCAGCAGUGAAGGCAGUCAUGGGAGCCAAGGGAGGCAUGCUGGUCCUGGUUACCACCCAGACCUCCGGGGUUUGUCCACAUUUCAUACUUCAGAAGGGGGGUUUUAUGACAGACAUCUGUUAGCAUGGUCUUCGGGGCCCAAGACUGAUAAAGAUCUGGCCUACUGGAGAAGAAGAGGACAAGACUUUAGCGUAUUACUGGGUUACACUGACAAAGGAGACUCUGAAAUGAGAGGAUUGGCACCACCCCAUGAGGUGUACAGACAUGCUAAAGAAAGUCAGCUGGAGGUAGGAGCAGGAACAGAGAGUGUGACAAGAAGUGGCUUGCAGGAGACCUGGAAAGUGCCUGGUGAUUACAAAUGGCAAAGUUUAAGAACAGAAAGCUGGAAACAACCUAAAAAAUUAGGAAGACAAAUGUCUGAUGGUGAUAGAGAGAAACUGCUUCAAGAUCUGUACUCAUUGAGCCUGGGAGACAGUGUACUUAGCUCCCAUAACAAAGGGAAAUCACAAUCAUUGCCAAGAGUUCUUUCACCAGAGACCCUGAAGUGUGUGGAAAUACCCUCCCUGGUGAAUAAUCAUCAUUUCCUAAGUGGAACUAAAGCAUCCUCUGGUCCCCAAAACAGACAGCCUUUAGAAUUCACAAAACCCAGGGAAACAGGAAGCCACCUUCUUCUUCUGGCCAAGCCCAAGUAUGGCAGACCCCUUAAACCUCCUUCCUAUGAACUGCACCGACAGAUGAGGGCACCUGUAGAAACCAGUGGCUUUCAGGACCACCAGCAAAUAGAUGAGCCCGUUUCAUAUUUAGCCAAAGGUAAUGAGCCGAAGCAAGAUGCUUACAUUCCAGACUCUGGUUUAGAGCCCCCUGUCUAUAUACCACCUCCAUCUUACAAGUCCCCACCUCAGCCAAGUGUGAAUCAGCAUUCCCUCAAUGAAGUGCCUAACUAUGACUUGUGCUUUGACAAUGGUCAGCGGCAUUCAGUAGAGAGGACCCUCAGCAACCAUCGACCCUCCACUAGCACAUUGGAAACUGGGGGUGAACACUGCAAAGAUGACCACCUUCCUCAUGAAAAACAAAGCCAUUCCAGGCACACUGAUGACUACCUGAAUUCCAUUCAGUAUAUUCCUUUUGAUGAUCCUCGAAUACGGCAUAUUAAAAUAGCACAUCCCGAGAGCCUCCAGAACAACACUAAACACACUGAAAAUACAUGUAGGACCAAUCCUACUGCUUUGCAGGAGAGAACUAUCGAACUACAAUACAAUAGUGCCUUUUUGGAUCCAUCAAACUUACUAAAUACUGUAAAGGGUGAGAGAACUCCUGACAGCACCACGCAUUGCAACAGGUGGUUGGCAGCAUCCAACGGACAUCAGGAAAACUGGGCCCUGCCUGACCAAAGAGACAGUGGUGACACAGAUAAUCACCCCCCUGAAAAUGAAACUAAUCAGGAGUACACAAAGGGCAAUCUUUCUGUAAGAAACCCACAUAUGGAUAGCACCUGUGAGACUGUUACUAGAGUAAAAAAGUUUGAACCUGGAACUGGGAUGCAGAGCAAAAAGAGUUCAAAGAAAAAAAUGAAUGAAACUAUAUUUUGUUUGGUGUCCAUCCCAGUUAAAUCUGAAUCAGGUCUGCCAGAUACUGAUAGGAACAAUAACUUAACACAGAGCCCCGAUAAGACGAAUGAAUUUGAUAACAGUGGAGCUUUGCAAGAACAAAGUCUUUUAAGUAUGUCUUCCACCGACUUGGAGUUACAAGCUCUCACAGGAAACAUGACCAAUAAAACUGAGUUACAAAAACAAGAGCUAUGGAAACCAGAGGAGUUCAAACAAAUGAAUGACCUCAGAUUUACUCAGCCUACAAAACACAGGGAACUCAAAUACUCUGGCUCUUGGCCAGGUGAUCAGUACAAAGACCAGCAAACACAGACCUGUUUCACUGAAGACCCUAAAAGCUCACAAUUUUUCCAUGGUAUAAAACCUGGUGAACCAAAUAAUAAACUGAUGGCUCCAAAAUUCUUAGCCUGUACAGCAUCUUUGGUUGGGUCAGAAGAGGCAGGUUUAUCCCCCGAUGACAGAAAAUGUAGGCAGAAUACAUACAAUAUGAAAGGUCAGAUGAACCUCAAUCCAUCCAGCAAUAGUGCAUUUUCAAGGACUGCCACCUCCGUAAUUCAGGUACAUUCACCAAAGGCAUACCAGAGCCAGCCUUAUGGGUCCUGCACAGCCAUGCCCACCCAGGAAAGGGAAACUGGCACAAUUCCCAGGGGUGAUGUGGUCAAGGGUGAAGCAAGUGCUCCCUGCAAGGGUAAAGAACUAUUUGGUCAGUUUCUUUUGAAACCUGUUGGUCGCCGUCCCUGGGAUGCAAUAAGUGAGUUAGAAAGUUUUAACAAAGAGCUCCAAGAACAGGAAGAAAGCACUAGUAGUGAAGAUGGCAUGGAGAGUGAGGGAGCAAAGCAGGGCUGUGUUCCUACAAAGAUAGGGACCUCCAGAACUGAUGAAUCAACCCAGGAACUCAGGCCUUGUAAGCAGCUAAAAACUGUGGUACCAGAAGUUCCUAUAUUUAAACAAGGAAGAGUUAAAAGUAAGUCUGAAAGUUGGAGUACAGACCUUAAGUCUGAUGAUCCACAUAUCUGUGUUGGAUCACAAAGCUCCUUGAAUGCAAAAGAGCGCGGUAGUUUAAUCAAGCCAGCAGAUGGAAGUGUGAUAACAGAAACAAGAAACCAGGAAGCCAAGAACAGAACAAACAAACAGCGAGCAAGUUCAGGCCCAGUCAAUAGAGUUUUGUCCAGUAGUCCAAGUAAUGCAAAUCAGAGUAAUCCAUUCAGUCAUGCGGACUUAAAGGAGACAAAAGAAGAUAGAAAUUACAUAGCUAAUAUGUUAGAUUUUGUAAAACAGAACAAAAGCGCAACUCCCAGGAGUGAUAAACUUUUAGAGAGAGGAUCUAUAGUAAGAUUGUCUUUAACUAAUAGAAAUCAAGGUCAUUCUGAGCCAGAUUUGAGGUCUGUGGGACUGGAUAUUGACCCUGAACCAGGUGCUAACAACUCUGAUUUUUCUUCUAAUGCAAAUGCAAUGGAGAUCCCCCCAAAUGAGUCACUGCAGGCAAGAGCUGCAAGGAUUCUGGGUAUAGAGGUAGCAGUGGAGUCUCUAAUUCCUGGGGACAGAACUGGCCUCCACCAAUACACCAGCCCUGCAAAUAGUGUCCAGGAUCCUGAAUUACCAGUAGGGGGAACAGUACGUGACAAAGUAGAAACAAAAGACAGCUCUUAUGAGGGCAGACGAAAGUGUGGCUGGACAGAAAGUUCUCUCUUUGUGGGCGAGAGAGACUUCCCAUUUUGGGCUGGUGAAUACCAGAGCACUGACCUAGAAGCCAGCUCUAAAACUCUGGUAACUGAGCGAGGUUUUGAACAGCGUGCGGGUCUCAACAGGCAAGAUGAGGAUCCAGACCUGCCUUGCAAGUCUGUUACGCAUCAAAUUGCUGAAAGAAACGUGAUCAUUCCAAGCUCGGAAAAGAGAGUUAGAAGCACCUCAAAGGUGAUUGAGACCUUACAAGGCAAACUUGCCUCUCCCCCUAGCCGAACAGUCAUGGAUCGUUUGGUGAGAAUGAAAGAGGUUGACUCAGUUUCCCGUAUGCGACGUCUGAGUAUCAAGAGUGCAGAUUCAGGGGAGGAAGUAGAUGAGGAGAAACCACCAAGGGUACAAGAGGAGAGAGGAAGCUAUGCGCCACUCAGCGGUAAUGAACUCUCUCGCAAAAUGGUGCACACAGGUGCUGUUUCCAAGCGCAUUAUCUCUCUCGAUGAAAAUGGACACGUAACUACAAUAGGCAAGAAGAAGGCUGACCGAGAUUUUUGUUUAGAUAUGUACGAUCCCUCCAGGGUUGAAAGGGUGUGAGCUGAACACAGAUGAGAAUCUAGAGAUGUCUGCUCUCCUAAGAAUGUUUUGCUGAUUUUGCUCUGUGUUUUAACACUUGGAAAUUGCCUCCAUUUGUGGUGUUUUAUGAUAUUCUGAUAAAGCCUUUACCACUGCCAGUAGGAAAUUAGUUAUUCACACAUAUCUGCUUUGCGGAGAUCACAGAAAACUCUGACUCUUACUUGGAUACCAUCUGUUUUUUGUAGCAUUAAGACUUAAUGCCUAUACUUGGCAAAGAGGUUUUAUCUAAACCAUGUUUAACAGUCUUCAGCUGGGAUGGUAAAUUCAAUGAGACUAGGCUUUGGAGCUUAUUCUUCUGUGUACAUUUAAACACAGGAGAUUAGUCAAAUGAUUUUAAAGGAAUGUGAAUUUAUAAGCUAAACUUCUGAAUCUCUAAAGCCCAAACUCUGCAUAAGUUGAGGAAUCUUUGGCCAUAAGACAUGAGUCAUGAGUGCUGCUGCACUGUGUGUGUGUGUGUGUGUGUGUGUGUGUGUGUGUGUGUGUGUGUGGAGGGGGAUGGGAGGGAUGCUCUGGAAUGAAUGCAAGACAAGGCGAAUGAAUAUUGAUUUAUUGUGAAAUCAGUUUGGACUUCCACAGUUUGAAUUCAUUUUGAUUAAAUACUUAUUUGCCACAUGUAGAGAAAAUAAAAGCAAACUCCCCAAAGCUCCUAAAUGAUCAAGACUUUUGUAAUAGAGUGUACAGAACAUGUAAUUACAGUAGCUGGCAACUAAAUGUUUUGAACCAAUGCAAACAAUACCACUGGCUGUUUUGCACUCAGUAUUAUCUAUUUGUGUUUUGCUGUUUAGAAAUUCUUGAUAUGACACAGUAAUUGCUGGUUUAAAAUAGCCCAUUUUAACAAAGUUAACUAUAUUUCUUGUUACAGAAUACUGUCUAUUUUUCUACGAUGUAAACAAUUGUUAAGUGGUCAGUAUAAAGAAGUAUUAUUAUUAUUAUUAUUAUUAUAUUUUAAGAAGAAUAAUUCUUUUGACUGAAGACAGACCAAGAAGGAGUCACUUAUGUAUCUUAAUGCACGUUCCAUAUGGCCUCAUAUCCAGUACUGCCACUUUCUUUUGUUGUGAAAAGAACAAUCAGUGUAUAUGUAUGUGUGUGGAGUACAGGGUUAAUUUCUACAAUUUUCCACUCAACUGUUGGAUUGUUCUUUUUGGAGCAACUCUUCAGAGAAAACAGCUGAGAACCAUCCGUGCUGGUAUUGCUGCCAUAACAUUCCACUGACUGUAAUUACCAAAAAGUGGGUUUGGAGCCCCGUCUCGGUGUCUGUGAGCAGCUCUGAUAAAGUACCUGGGUUUGUUUGUUAAACGUUUUUAUGCGGUUUGGUUUUGAAUUAGGCUAGUGUAUGAAAAUAAAUAAAUCUGGGUCAAAUUCAUCCUUGGAGCCAAUGGGCAUCACGAAGGGGGUGGAUAGAUUUGGACUGCUUCUUUGUGACAUUCAAAUAUAUGGCUUUUUAAACAAAAAUUAAAGAGUAUAUAAAAAGGCCUGUACAUUCUGCUGUAUUUAAUACUGAAUUAACCUGCACAAUGUUUAUGUGUUUUUAAAGCCUUUAUGUCCACUUCUGUGGGUUUUUUUUAAAGUGUUGUUGUUUGCUGACAUUCUUUUGACAAUUUAUCCAUGAAUUUCAAGGGCUUCGUUACUAGCCAUUCUUGUUUUGUAGAACCACCUUAUCUUUUAAACCUUUCAAAUUCCUGAAACAUAAAUUUUUGGGUGGUCUGUGAGUUGGCAAAAACAGACCAAAGACACAUACUAGGCUUUGGCAGCAAGAAUUUCUUAUCUGUAACACAUGAUUCGGUUACACAGGAACGUCAUGGAAUUUUUAAAAGUUUGUUACAUAUUCAAAGAAAAUGUGAUUGUAUAAUUUAUUGAACUGAAUCUUGCAGACUUUCUCCAGCUCUACGUGUGAACAAUCUGUAUCCAUAAGGCUUACCCGUUGCCAUGCUCCUUUCUAAAUCUGGGCAUGUUAUUGCCACUGCCAGUGCAAUGACUCCACCUUCAGGAAGGAGGUGAGAGCCCCAAGUCCCCAGACACUUUUCUUCUGUCAGGGGAAGAAGAGUAAGUAGUGAGCUUCCGCAGCUCCUUUCCAGGCUUCUCUGUAUUGCUCAGUCCCUUGCCAACCAUAAACAAUGGGGAGUCACGCUGGUUCCUAGCCUAUGCAGUGGGCAGACCCUCUAUUUCCACAUGUUGUUCUGUGGAAGCCAAUGGGAUUGUCUGCAGGCCUAAGCACUCACUCGCACAGAUCCAUCCUUCUGCAGGACUGGGGUUAAUUUGCGGUUUACAUUUUCCUUUGAAGAAUCACUACUUUUCUAGCGCAGGUUCCAGACCUUGCCGGGGGGGAGGCAUUAGGGACAGGAGAGUGUGGCCUUGAUUUAGGAAAGUAUGUGCUUAGGUCCCCUUGAAGUAAUUGAAGUCUGUUAAUGGCCAAAGAAAUUUGGCAAUUGAAAUGCCUAGCCAUGUAUUGGCUCACCCAGCCAUUAAAUUAACUCGCAACAACCUUUCUAGGAGUAACAAAUACAUAAUUUAGCCUUCACAAGCUCAGGUCAUUCAAAGCAAAGAUCAAGGUAGAUUGUACCAGCGGGGUAGUCUGUGAGUCAGACACCCAUAUCCUAUACAGGGCCACCAAGCUCCCUCAAUUUAGAUCCAGUGGGGAGACUUCCAAGUAGUGCAGAGUCAUUAGAGGUAAGUACAGUGCUUCAUACACUACAGCACCCAACCAACCUUGAAAAAAAAGUGAUUGUUUAAAAUUUACAAGUAAUACAAAUAAUGUGUCAAGUUUGUGCCUAUCUGAAAACCUCCAGUCCGGCAGGCUUGUUUAUAUAUAAAUAUCUGAAUUUAGUAAAAAGGCUUUUGCUUCUUCAAUGUGAUAAGUUGACAGUAAUAUAUAUGGUCAGUGUUCCGCUGCCUUGGAAGCACAUGCAGCCUGCUGACUGAGGGGUUUCUAGUGCUGGCACUUAUGCUGGGAAUAGAAAUUUAACUUUUGCUACCCUUCGCUUUCAUUAGGAGUAGGACUGAACUCCUCCAUACCAGGUGUAGGGGGAGGGGAGAAAGAGAGUGAGUGUGGAGGGCAGGAAGAAGGUAAAGUUAUUUUGCAUUACUAAUUGUGAAUAGCAGAAGAUCCUUCAACUGUACGCUGGCGGCUGCAGCUCAGAUCUCCCAGGUUAAGCUGGUAUAACUGGAAACAGACUCUUUCCUUGAUGGGACCCAUUAGACCAAAGAGGCAAGUGGAGGCAUGAGCUAAACUGCAGCAUAAGCUGUGUUAAAUGGAAUGGAGAAAAUUGGUAAAUUGUCUGUGGAUCAUGGUCCAUAAACUGAUUGUUUCUGCAACAGUUGGUUUCUUCUAGGUUGGGUCCAUAAUUUGGUUAUAUAGACACCAGGGGCAUGAUAUAGCAGCCCUUAUUAAUUGGCAUACGCUUUACUCACGUGAGGAGCCCCACUGAUUUAAUUGGGAUUACUCCAAACGGUGCGAGUUUACAGGCUCAUGCCUGCAAACCCACAGACAAUGGCUACAUUGCUGAAGCCAUUAGAACACUGUUAGGGAGGUUGAAAUGCUAGAACAUUAUUUGCAAUUUAAUUCUCUUAUUUCCAACUCACAUGAAAAUAUUCACCAGAAGCCUCAGUGUGGGAGUAAAUCAAAGCUGUUUAUCCUAAUCACUAUUUAAAAUAAAUUGUUUGAAACAUAGAAAAAGAUGAAUCCUGAUGUCCCUAUUAAAACCAAAAUCCACAAUGCUCACUACCACCCAUGCUGCCAACUGUUUGCACACGCCUCCCAGUGCUACAGUGCAGCGAGGGGGGGGG